CAAAACAAGUGGAAUUCAUAAAGAUAAUGUGCUUUUCCCACGAUGGAUAGUCUAGUCUCUGUUCCAGAAUCCAAAUCCUUCGCAAUCUCGAUCGAAGAAUUCGUAUUCACAACAACAAGCUCUUUAUCCUUCUUCAUCCAUAUACACUCUUACCAGUAGUAAAUCAAUUUGACCGAAGAAAUUUGAGUUUGGAAUUGUUGCAAUGGCAGAAGCAGUGGUGUCAAUUGCUCUAGAAACCUUGCGCGAUUUGUUAUUAGAAGAAGGAAGGUUUUUAUCCGGUGUGGGCGAUGAAGUGAAGGAGCUCGAGUGGCAGCUCAAAGAGAUGAAGUGUCUCCUCGAAGAUGCUGACAGAAGGCGACAUGAGAGCAGAACCAUUUUCAAUUGGAUCUCAGAGAUCAGAGAUCUUGUCUACAGAGCGGAAGCGGCCAUUGAAAGACACGCAGCUUAUGAAUCGUUGUCAAGGAGAAGACGAGGCCUUAGGAAGCUCGUCCGCAGAUGUUCUUGUAGUUUGGAAAGAUACAACUCUCUCUACCAAUUAGGCUCCGAGAUUUCACCAAUCAAAUCCCGUCUUGAAAGGAUAAACAAGGAAAUGAUAGAAAAUGGCAUAAAGAAGAGCAUCAUCAACAAUCCAGAUGGAGGGGCCAACAACGGUAGAAGGAAGACCUUCCCCGAUUAUGAGGUCGGAGACUGUUUUGUGGGGAUGGCGGAUGAGCUCAAUCGGCUUCGUAAUCUCCUAAGUCAAGACAAAGAGGAUCGAGUUAUUUCAGUGUGGGGAAUGGGCGGUUCAGGCAAGACCACCAUCGCCAAGAAGCUCUACAACGAGACCAGCUUUGAUCUUUCCGCAUGGGUUUGCAUCACUCAGCAAUGUCAGAGUUUUCAAUCAGUCUGGGAGGAUGUUCUGAAGCAGCUAGAGCAUCAAAGCAGGAAGGGUGUGAGCGAUGGGCCACAAAUAAGGGAGGACGUUGUUCAAAGUCUGAGCGAUUCGGAGUUGAAGGAGCGACUAUGCAAGAUACAAAGAGAGAAGCGAUGCCUCAUUGUUGUGGACGAUCUUUGGAAAGUUUCUGAUUGGAAUGAGUUGAAGCAUCCCUUCCUCAUCCAUGAUUUGCUGAGCAAAAUCUUGAUCACCACGCGCGAAGAGGAAGUUGCAGAGGUUGGAUGCCCCGUAAAACUUGGGCUUCUAAAUAUGGAAGAUGCUUUGGAACUACUCAAGAAGAAAGCAUUUCCCCAAACCAACAUUCCACAUUUUGCAUCCGAAGAAAAAUUUGAGAAAAUUGGGAACGAAAUGGUGCGAAAAUGUGGGUAUUUGCCGUUGGCAAUUUCUUUACUUGGCGGGGUCUUGAGAACGAAAAAUUCGAUGAAGGAGUGGGAGUUAGUAAAUGAGGAUAUCAAAGAAUUUAUUUAUAGAGAUGAAAAGGAGAUUGACGGAGUGCUAAAUUUAAGCUAUGAAAGUCUACCAUAUUAUUUGAAGCCUUGCUUUCUCUAUAUGGGUUUAUUUGAAGAGGACGAAGAUAUACAUGUUUGGUAUCUAUAUAGGAUGUGGAUAGCACAAGGCCUAAUUUCAUAUGAGAAUAUUCGAGACAGGGACAAAACUUUGACUGAAAUCGCCGAGCUCUACUUGGGUGAGUUGGCCUCCAGGUCCAUCGUCCAAGUUCAAAUUAACUAUGGUGUCACACCUGGAAGGAAAUAUUGGAGAUGUAAACUUCAUGAUGUAGUCCGAGAACUAUGUUUGAAAUUGGGGAGAAGGGAGGAUUUUGGUGUGCGUAGUUUGGAAUAUCAAAGUGGGAAACUUAGUACCUUACUACGACAAGCUUUCCUACAUAUGGAAAUACGACAUUUGGCUAUCCAUUUUAAAGCAACAAAAGUCGCACUGGAACCUGAUGAACAUGAACUUGGAGAAGGUAGUAGCAAACAUUUAAGGUCUCUGCAUAUAUUCAGUCGCAGUAAUUCUGUUGAGUUUCCUCCACGAAGUAUAGUUGAUUUUCAAAAAUUCAAAUUUCUCAGAGACCUAUUUAUGGUGGGAUUCAAAUUUGCAAGAAGAAAGUUACCGAAAGGAAUCACUUAUCUUGUUCACCUUAGAUGUUUGCGUUUAGAAGAUUGUGAAUUUGAUAAGCUACCGUUAUCCAUAAGGAAUUUGCUAUACAUGGAUACCCUUGAUUUAUUUGGUUUGAAUGAUGUCAAAGUUCCAAAUGUUUUUAAGGAGAUGCUACGUUUAAAACAUUUGCUUCUUCCCAAUUAUAAAGAGAAAAAUAUUGGAAGUUAUCGAUUAACAUUGGACGAGGGAGUCUCUGAGUUGGAGACCCUAUGGCGUUUGGAUAGUAGAGUGCAUGAAUUAAAAUGUAUGAACAGAAUGAAGAAUCUGCUACGUUUCUCAACAAAAAUACACGACAAUGAAAGCUUGUCAACCAUCUUAGACGCCAUUGCCAUCAUGGACAAGUUAGUGUUUGGUGCGGUUGAAAUCAAAGAGGGUUGCGAGUUAGGAACAAACGAGGGAGUGUUGAAGAAGGCAAUCACAUGUCCCAAUCUUCAUGAGUUGUGGAUUGAAGUUAAGUUAGGGAAGGCUUUGUCAGAGUGUGGGCAUGACUUCAUGAGCUCAAAACUUACGAAAUUGUUCCUAUAUAAAUGUGAGAUUGAGGAUGAUCCAAUGGGGAUACUGGGGAAGCUUCCUUGCUUGAUAGACUUGCGUUUGUUCUUGAAAUCAUUUGUCGGGGAGGAUAUGACGUGUCCAUCGAACAAUUUUCUUCACCUCAAGAAGCUUGUGCUAUCAGAGUUACCAAAUUUGAGGGAGUGGAGAGUGGAGGCGGGAGCCAUGCCCCUUCUCUCUCAAUUAGAGAUCUAUUAUUGUUCUAGUCUGGAGAUGAUUCCAGAGGGAUUGAGUGGCAUUUCUACUCUUCAAAAACUGACAAUUAUUAAAAUGCCAGAAUUGGGAAAAAGAGUAUCGCCAUUAGGAGAAGAUUUCCACAAAGUCAGCUAUGUUCCUUCAAUUAUCAUCAAAGGCGAUGUCGUCUAGUCUCCAGCCGGGAGUCUUGUUUGAAAGUGUUGAAUGGGUCUCUUGCUUGUCCGCGGCAACAUGACAGCCCAUUCUCAGCCGUGUUGGAGAUAGUAUCGGAAGGAUUAGUUUUUCUGAUAUAUGGAUCGUCUUUCUUGGUUUGCAGUCGUGAUGAUGUUGCUGUGCUGAUUUCGUCGCCCGACAAGGUUAACUUGUUGUAAGGUUACUCGUCGUUACACCACGCAUUUCUACGUUGAAAGUCUAGUCUCACCGGUUCCUGACGCGAAUCGUUGAGUUUAGCGUGGUGAGCUACUGGAUCAUUUUCUCAUUGAAUCAAAAGAUUGGUCUAUUUUUGUAUACUGCCUAAAAAUAGUGGCCUAAAUUUUUUUUGAACUCAUUGUGUUUUUAUUCCUCUAAGAGUGUGUUUUCUUUGAUAUUUUCACAAUUUUUCGAUUAUUUUCACGUGUUCUGUAGAGUAGAUAAUUUUAUGCGAGUUGGGUAAUUUGUUGGACGGCAUAUGUUACAUUAUUUUCACUCAAAUUUAUGAUAAUGCUAUUAUGAUAUUUUCUCUCA